AUGAAUCCAUUGAUCUUUGAUAAGAUCGACCGUAAAAUAGUCCAAGAUCUUUUAGCUUCUGGAGUUGAUAUCAACACUACUGGUAAUUACAGAGAAAAUGACAGCUACACAGUUCUACAUGCAGCUGUCGAUAGUUGUGACCGUGAAUUGAUUGAAUUUAUCCUCAGCAAUAAAGCAAAUAUUAAUGCUUUGACAAGUAAUUAUGCUCCUGUUGAUUCCGAUGAUGAAUUGGAUAGUAAAGAUUCAGGAAGGGAAAAAAACAGAAAAACUUACAGUGGUUACUCACCGCUGCAUGUUGCUGUCAGGAAUGACAGCCUGGAAAUUGUAAAGCUGUUAUUAAGUAACGGUGCUGAUGUUCAUGCUAAAUUAACUAAUUGUCAUACUGUUCUUAAUGUUGCUAUAGAAACAGCAAGUUUGGAACUAAUUAAAUGUUUACUAGAGUUUGGCGCCGAUGUAAAUCAAAUCAGUGUGCUCAAAGCGGAUUCCGAUGAUGAUAAUAAUGAUGAUGAUGAUGACGAUAUCUUGCCGUCUAUUAAACCAAAAAGCUACACACCUCUCCAUGUUGCUGCUGAACUUGGACGUUUCGAUGUAAUAAAAGUUUUAAUCAACAAUGGAGCUGAUCCCAAUGCUGAAGCAGUUAAUAAUCAGUCUGUACUCUAUCACGCUGUUUGCGGUGGUAACUAUGAAAUAGUUGAUUAUCUAUUAGAGCAUGGAGCAGAUGUAAAUCGUAAAAAUGAUGUCGACAUUUAUCUUGAUACUCCAUGUUUGAUUUUUGCUAUUGAAAAAGAUCGAUUUGAUAUUGUUAAACUUCUGGUGAGCUACGGUGCUGAUAACAAUGAUGAUGGACAAGCUGUAAGGGCUGCUGUUGAAAAAGGAGACUUUGAAAUAGUCAGGUUUUUAAUAGACCACAAUUUCAAAGUUAAUACUUUAAACGCAGAAUACGAUGACCUGGAUAAUGUCGCACCUUUAUACGCUGCUAUUGACGGAGGUAGUUUUAAUAUGAUGGAGUUGUUGCUACUCAACGGUGCAAAUAUCGAUGACGCGAGAACUACAGAAAAUAUUUUUAAUUACCGCGUCGAAUAUGACACGCCUGUGAUGGUUGGAAAGCACGUGCUGAAGACACGGACCCUUAAAGAAUACGCGGGUGAUCUUGAAAAUGUCAAUUUCGACGCAAGUAAAGUAGACUUACCACCUCUUCCGUAUGAUCAUGAAUGCGAGGAUGAUGUUAUUGAUGACAACUUUAUUCAAAGAAUGUAUCGUCAACAGGAGAAAGAAUAUAUCAAAAUGUGUGAAAAAGAAAUAGAAAAGAUGGAAAUUGAGUUCAUUGGUACGAGUGAUGUUUCUUAUUAUGAUUUGUUAAGAAAAAAUAUACACCAGUUAACAAUGUGUGCAAGAAAUAAUAGUAUAAGAGAUACAAUAUUUUCUGAUAAGAUGGAAGAAAAUUUUCCUAUCUAUGCUGGCAUUAUUAUUAAUUGUUUCCAAAAAGGCUUCGUGAGAAAAGAAUUACUGGACAAAGUUGAACAAUUACUUGCUGAUAUUUUUUUACAGUUGUCCCGUGAAUUUAUUGAAGAAAUAUUUUCCUAUCUCAAGAACGAAGAUGUGAAACAUUUCAUAAGAUACUUAUAA